AUGUCGUUGAAACCUUUAAACCUUUAUAAAACAUUACCCACUACCAAAGCAGGGAAUGCCGUCGUGCGGAGGUACUUACUUCCUCCAUUAGAAUGUCCUUAUCAAAAAACGGUGGUUCUCGACCUAGACCUAACUUUAGUCAACACCGUAAUAGCUCCCAAGGGUAGUGAUCGGUCUGCUAUUCGUCACGAUAUUGUUUUCCAAUCGGACGACCCACCUUAUGAUGAUAUCUAUGUUUUGAAACGUCCGUUUGUUGAUGAAUUCCUUAGACGUUUAAACAAAAUCGGUUUUGAAGUCGUGGUUUUCACCGCAGGAACAAAAGCAUAUGCUUCCCGGGUGUUGGAUUUCUUGGAUCCUAGCAGGAGUUUGAUUAAUCAUCGAUUGUAUCGCGAUUCGUGUACACCAAUUUCAAUUUGCGGCGGGGCUGCAUAUAUGAAGAAUUUAUUUCAUCUAGGGAGAGAUUUAAGAAUGGUGGUGGUUGUUGAUGAUGACCCGAUUUCAUAUUGUUUAAACCCGAGUCGUGCAAUACCUAUUAAGCCCUUUCUAAGGUACGCUGAUGAUCGUCAAGAUGAUGAAUUGAUGAAUUUGAUGGGUUAUUUUCUCGAAAACCGCUAUGACGUAUGCUUCGAAAAGUUCAAUAGCACAAAAAACUACAGGAAUAGUACAUGA